AUGGUGAGGCCGGAUGGCGACAUGGUGGGCGAGGCCAGCGCGCGCGCGCUGCUGCGCGUGGCGGCGCAGGCGGGGGCGGGGGCGGGGGCGGAGCACCUGAGCGCGGAGGCGGGCGCCUUGCUGCGCGACGCCGCCCUGCAGCCGCCCUCCGUCUCCCUCGCCGGCUUCGUCACGCUCGACCGCGGAUUUCUCUCCGGGAGCUUCCGCAGCGUCAGCAGCGGCGCCGGCGGCAUGGCUGGUGACUGCGACGACCCGCUGCUGUCCGAGCUGCGCCCGAUCUGGUUCCUUCUGCGCGUGUUGGGCUGCGCGCCGCUCGCCUGGGGUGGGCGGGGCCCUCGCUUCCGCUGGGUGUCGUGGCGCGUGGCGUACUCAGUCGCCCUGUGGUGGCUGCUGGGCGCGGCGGGGGCGUGGGUGGCGGGCGGCAGCCUGCUCCAAGGCAUCCACGGGACCUUCGACGAGAAGCUGUUCGCCGCCAUAGCCCCUCCGCCUGCGCCUCAAGCGCUGGGCCUGGCUGCUGGCCGUGGCCCUUCCCGUGGCCGCCACGGGGCUGGUGGCGGUCGAGAGCAGCCUGGUGCCCGCCAUGACGGACGUGCACGUGGUGUUCUUCUACGGGUACGUGGGGACGCUGGUGCACCUCCACGCGGCGCUCUGGUGGCUCGUGUGCUGGGCGAUGGCGCGAACGGCCCAUGCUCUCGCCGGUCGCCUUGCGGAGGCAGAGCGAAACCCGUGCCAUUCGUCGGAGCUCUGAGCCCAAACCAAAGAGCUGCGAACGGAAUGGAUCCGCCGCGAGCGACAGCAGUCGAGCAAGAAGCAUCAGCUGGCAGCAGAGCCUCGCGCGAUUCCUUGGGGCGCGCGGGCGGUAGGCGUGGCGAGGAGGUGGCGGCGUGGGUGGCCCGCACGCUCUCGCGCUUCAUGGAACCCGCGCCCCAAGCGUUGCCUGCGCCGACCCGCGCGCAGGAACAGCAACCGGCAUCCCACGGGCCCGCGCGCGCGCGCACGCUCUUUCUCUCUCUAUCUAGCUCUCGGAUCUGCUAG